GAUCACUUCCUCAGGUCGUUUGAGCAGCAGGUGGCAGCAUCCAACCCAGUGGUACAAGGAACAGGGAGAGGGGGCUCGGCGCACAGCCAGCCUCUCGGAGCCUUACACCGCUCUCAGGAACUAUAGUGGAGCCCAGAUGGUGACCAGCACAGCUGAACACAGAACUCAGAGCACUCAAGUCAGAGAAGAGCAGAGCUACACACACACAGCCUAUACACACACCUCUAACACUGGGCAUAGUAACACACACCUAGCCCAGGUAUACAUGCCUCAACCAGAACCCAGCUACACACACACAGCCCACGUAGAGCAGUGUAGCACAGUCACACACCCCGCACACACACACCUCCCUCUCUCUCACACUUCACCUCUUCCAUACUCAACUCCUAACAGUGUCCAGCCCACCUCAGCUCUACCCCCUACCAGUCUGCCACCCAGCCCAGGGGAAGAGAGGAAGGUGAUGACCAGAAGACGGUUGCGAGGCGAGAUCAACAUCCAACCUAUAGUCUGGCCCAAGAAACGUCAUGGGGAGAGGAACAUAGACAGGACCAGACUACUGAUCAAGAAGAAGAGGAGGAUAAAGAAAGGGUACUCCGUGAAUACGAGGAACUGCGAGAUUGUGAGUGGUCCGUUGCCGGAUGUGGAUGAUGUGUUCCUGGGUGUGUCUGUCCGUACAGGCGAGGAGCUAUGCCAACCCGAGGAUGCUGCCAGGGAAACGCCUACCCCCAGCAAACUGCCCAAUCAGGUCACUGAUGCGUUGCCAGGUGUGUGUACAAACAAACAAGAUGCCAUGCCAGCCUGCAGUGUGCGUUGUCAGAAUGGAGAAGGCUGUGUUACCAGGGGCGGAGUCUCUCACAGCCAAAUGCCCACCCCAGUCAACCGCACAAUCAGGUCGGCUGAGAAGAUCAAAUCUCAGACCAAGGCCCGGCCAGCAGCAGUCUGACACUACCAAGAAAACCCCACCCCUACCCAAUCUCCCGAUCAGCCCAAUCAGAACCCCAGAGGUCAGAGUGCCCAGCCAAUCAGACAGGGCGAGGAGGUUGUGAGGUGAGUGUCUGGGGCAGUGAUGUAGAAGGAGAUGGAGAAGAAUGGAUGACAGAGCAGAAAAACAGACCGAACUCCACAACCCACCAAUCCAAAUCGGAGAGUGGAAGGUCUCAGUUCAGAUGCAUUCUGGGAUAGUAAAAGCCUCCAGUCUCCCAUCCUUCACAUUCCAUCCGAGAGGUGGACAUCGAAGGGUCAACAGGAAGCUGGUAGGAAGAGGAAGUGGAUGUGUUGGGGGGCUUUAGCGCCUCCCCAGUCCCUCCUAUCAUACUGCCUGGCUCCUGGGGGGAGGGGCUUAAUUCUGAUGAGGAAGAGGAGAUUGAUGUCAUUGGAGGAGAGUUGGACCACACCCCUUUUAUUGGAUAUAUGUCAUCUCUGCUCUGACUGAGUCCAUACACACGGUAUCCUACGUUAUCGGUCAGAUUAUCACACUCAACUCUAAUCUGAGUUUUCAUGAUUGUGUGGCAUGAUUGUGUGGUUGAGUUCCUCCAAGUUACCAAUUGUUAAAUGAGGAUGAUUGGAUGUUUAAAUUUUUUUUUGACAUUUUUGUUGUACCUUUUUUCUACCUCACCUUGUCUUUAGAGCUCUGUGCUUGAGUUCUAGUUUUCAGCACUUAGAUCGUCAAUUAUGAAUGUGUUUUACACUGUGGGUCAGUUGUGCUGUUUGUCUACAUCUCACUGCCCAGACCUUUACAACAUCAUUGUGUUAAAGUUUUCAAUGACGCGUGUAGGAAAAACAACAGCUAUAUUUGCCUCUUGUGCAGAGGAGUUUGGGUUCAUUCAUAUAGCAAAUGUUUCGUUCUGAGUUGCCAACAAAUCAGGUUUUACACUGCUGUUAGUUCAGAUUCACAGCAAUUGUCGACUUUCAUUGGUUGAGUGUCGAUCAUCACAGGCCUACAUCUUCCGAUUCUGCUUCGGAUUGUUCGAGAAUGGAAUCACGUCAGGUUUGUCAUUAUUACUGUUCUCCCCAGGUGUUUGACUGUUUUCUGUUUAAAAACCAGAUUAAAGAUAUUCUUAACGUG